AUGGUCCUUAAUUUAUUGUUUGAUUCAUUUUAGCAUUCAGUAGUCUCCACCAGUGCUGUCUUCCAUUGAAUUUCUUUUUUAGCAGCACAUGUUAUUCUCUGCGAUUCCUGAUAUAUUGUAGCACCAACAUCAGCUUUGCCUUAACUUCCUAGAGCUGCGCAGUUUAGUUGCCACUGCAUCUUCAAGUGCUCCAUGCUUAAUUUUUCGCUUGUUUUUAUUAAUUAAAAUAUAUACUCCUAUGCAUCACAGUGUCGUGUCAUAUAACAUAACUCUGAUAUGCCCUGUUUUCGAUGGACAUCGGUUUCUACAAUCCUCGAAAGGAUUCUAAGGUACUGAAUAUCACAUGCCGUCAAGAAAACUCUAGGAAUUAAUCAUUUACUCCAGGCGGAUGUCGAUCUCAAUGUUGUCAUUUAGAACUAGUGUACAACAUAUUAACACUUCGAAGAACAAGGUGAUAUACACCAACAAAGCUACCAGUUUUCCUAGCUCUUCUAAGCAUGGCAAGUCGUUCUGCUACCUCCUUCAUCUCUGGACGAUCUUCUACAACAUUUGCUAAACACUUUACAGCCAGUCUGCCAAUCUCUUCCAGUAUGUUUCUCAGAUCGAAUUGAGGAUCAAGUGCAGGUAGCGCCAGAGCAGGACGUCAGCAGUGAACUUCCGGGCAAAGAGGCUCUGGCGGUUGGGUUACAUAGCCUACCGCCAGGGGCCUUGGCGGUAGGCUACUUAUCCAUGUCAGCCUCACCAAACGGCUGCCGUUUCAUGCCAUCGACCCUACCGCUAGGACACCCAGCGGUAGGGUGUGCAACCCUACCGCCAAUGUCCGUGGCGGUAAGUGCCGAACGGUUGUAAGCCCGCAGGGGCCGGCUCGUGGGGCCCAUCCACGAACCCAGCCCCCAUCUUCUUCUCCCCUGCCGUCGCCCGCAAGAACAGAGAGGGGAAGGCCUCUCUCAGCCCCUCCACUCCCCCCAUCCGAUCUUCUUCGUUUGUGAACGGUUUUUGCGGAUCGAGAUGGCUUCGAAACGAGAAAAGAGGCCCCCCAUUGGUCCGGCGAUCGCACUAAUUACAUUAUGCUUGACCCGGCAUUCGACAACGGUCAUCGCGCCCGUUACAUCGAGAGCGGAGUGGUAAAUAGCACUGAUCAACGUGUUGCAUCACAAUUUUGCCUUUUCAAAAGUUUUUUCUAACUAUUUUCGUGUGCACAUUGACAAAUGCUUCCGCCCUUACGUAUGAGGGGCCACACCAAGGUCAAAGAGAUGAACUACGACAACCGCUACAAGCCAUAUUACAGGAGAGCCGGGCUCUUGGGUUUCGUGCUCCAGUUCAAGCGUAUGCCGCCGAUGCUUGUCCACACGGCUCUCACAUCGUUGGUGGACCGUUGGCGGCCCGAGACACACUCUUUCCAUCUCCCAUGUGGUGAGAUGACGGUGACGCUCGAGGACUUCGCCAUGAUCACGGCCCUACCGAUCAAGGGCCAUGCUCUCAUUGGGUGCGUGGAUAAGAAGAACUGGCCGGACAGGGUUACCGCCCUCAUCGGCGACUGCCCUCCCAUCAAGAGUAACCGAACAUCCGGUGUAGCACUGGCAUGGCUCCUAGACCACCGGGCUGAAUGCCCGCAAGAUGCGGAUCCGAGGACCGUGGAGCAGUAUGCAAGGACCUACCUGUGGUUUCUUCUCAUAGAGGUGGUCUUUCCUGACUGCUCGGGGGACAACGCCCUAUGGAUGUACCUGGACUUCCUGGCCGACUGGGAUGCAGGGUACAGCUGGGGGUCUGCUGGCCUCGUGUACCUCUACCGUUCACUGGAUGACGCAACGCAGAGGACCGAGAAAACAUCUGGGAUGUGUGGGUGUGUCUGGGCCCUCUCGAUUUGGAGUUGGGAGCGGCUGCCGGUUGGUCGCCCUGAGAAGCUGCCACAGACAGAGUGGACGGAGUAUGGCGAGGAUGGCGACCGUUCUCGAUACCCUACUGUCGCCUAUUCUUGGGACAAGGUUAAGGUCUUGUCGGGCAAGGAAAGUGCGAUGUACAAGGCCUUCACCAACGAGCUGGACAACCUGACAUCUUUUCAGGUUAACUGGUGGCCGUACCACGAUAGAGCUUGGGGGUUCGAGCUGAACGAGAUGUGCGAGCGGGACCGCCUUCUCUUCUGGUGCAUUGUCCCGCUGAUAUGCGUGUACGCCGUCGAAUGGCACCUACCACAACGCGUGGCGACACAAUUUGGCGUAUUGCAACACACACCACCGGCAAGGCCCCACGACACCGGCGGUUACGACCUUCACAAGAAGAGCAAUCAGUAUUCUCAGUCGAUAUUGGACUGGGCUGACGAGCACAAGUCUUUUGUGACAAUGUGGGACGAGAGGACGUUCCGCAAAGAUGGGGAGAGGUCAGGCAUUUGCUGGAAUGUGUAUGAGAGGCACAUGAAUUGGUAUGACGAUGGCAUCAAGUUUCGUCUGCAUCUGAGGCCACGAUGGACGGAAGUGGACAUGGCAUCACUUCAGGAGGAGGAGGACUCUGAGGAUGAAGAAACCUCAGAGAUAUGCAAGGUGAUUUCAGAGAGUAUGCGCCCCUUAUGAACAGAGUGGCCGCAGAGCUAAACAGGAACAUUUUCGACGGCUCGAAUGCGCUAAGUUCUGACCCUGGAACCAUGGAGGGUGACAACAAGCUGAGGGAAGCGACGAAGAAGAUCAUUAACCGUUGCCGCAAGCUAGCGGGCAUGCUUGGGUGCGCCGCCUUGGUUGACGUGCAUGUUCCUCCUCCUGGUGGGUCGACACGUGCCCUAGCUUCAUCAAGCCACACCGGAGGAGGUUCCUCGAGCCAUGCCGCCUCGUCGUCUCGCCUUGUUAACGAGACCGAGGAAGAAGAGGAAGUGGACGAGGAGGAAGAGGAAGAAGAGGGAGAAGAGGAAGGAGGUGACGACGAAGAAGGUGAUGAGGAGUACGACGACGAUGAUGGACCUCAACUGACUCAGCCAACCCAGCCGGACGGGGGCCGCUCGAAGACAAACGAGGAGGAGCAUGCCGCCAAGAGGGGGAGGGGGAGGAACUAGUGAUGUUGAACUUGCUAAGUUAAAGUAGUUGUCUUAUGUUGAACUACUUGGUGUCCUGUUAUUGCUACUUAUGUUAGUAGUUGAACCUAUUUUGAUAUGUUGAACUUAAUGGAUACAUCAAUUUUACUA